ACGUCAUACUUUGCUUGAGGAAGAAGCUGGGCAGAAGGAGUUUGAUGGCGGAAACGUCUAGUUCAUCGGAUGUUUAGUUGAAAAUUAAGCAAAACGCACGGCUUUGCUGCUACUACGUUAGAAAACACGGUUUCAUGACAGAAAGUUUUCAUCAGAAUGUUUCCGCAAAGAUGUAUUUCACAAACAUGGUUUAUUUUCCAUAUUUUGUACGCGACGUCUCUGUGUUUCAGUGAUCCGGAGUCUGGCUCCGGACUUGCCGCUGUCCAACCGAAUGGAGACCGGUUUAAAAUAGAAGGCCGAGCCAUCGUACCGGGGAUGAGACCACAAGAUUGGAUUUCCAAUGCCCGUAUUCUGGUGGAAGGAGAAGAACAUGUCGGGUUUUUACGAACUGAUGGGAGUUUUGCCGUGAAUGACGUCCCCUCAGGAUCCUAUGUUGUCGAAGUUGUGUCACCAGGUUACAGAUUUGAAGCUGUUCGAGUGGACAUCACAUCUAAAGGGAAAAUGAGGGCAAGGGCAGUAAACUACAUCAAGACAUCCGAGGUGAUACGACUGCCGUACCCCCUACAGAUGAGGUCCUCAGGCCCACACUCCUACUUUGUGAAGCGAGAGACUUGGGGCUGGACAGACUUCCUCAUGAACCCCAUGGUCAUGAUGAUGGUUCUCCCUCUCCUGAUCAUCGUCUUGCUUCCCAAGGUUGUCAACACCAACGACCCAGACAUGAGAAAGGAGAUGGAGCAGUCCAUGAACAUGCUGAACCCCAACCACGAGCUGCCAGAUGUGUCUGAGUUCAUGACCAAGCUCUUCUCUUCCAAGAGCUCUGGGAAGUCUGGGGGUGGCAGUAAAGGCAGCAAGAGCGGUCCUGUAAAGCGGAGGUAGUGCCCCGUUUGUGUCAAAACGGGGGGGAUUUCUGUGCUUGUGUGCAUUUCAUUUCUUUUCUUUCCUGUUUUAUAGUUCUUUUGAAAGGUUAACUUGCUGCCUCUUUGCCUGUUUCUUUCCCCUCUCAUCAAAUAUUAAAAUCAGUAUUAAAAUCAUGGUUCCAGACCUACAAGGUAUGUUUUUUCAGGUUGUCGGGGGGGGGGGGGGAAGUAUUUUUUUGUACUGCCUUUCUCAGUUUUAAGCUUCGUUAUUAGUUUGUUUUAGUUUAAUCUCCAAACGUAUUUUUUAAUUAGAUCUGAGACCGAUGCAACCACUCCUGUACAGUUCCGUUAUUUAACACUGUAUUUUAUUGAAGCAAUCAAGCUGGAGAAUAUAAAGUUGGCCAUUGAUUUCUGAAUGACGUGUGGCAGCAUUGAUAUGUUGAGUGGUUUUAAGUUGUAUCUAUACUACUAUUGUCAGACCUACUUGAAUGAGAGUUUAUAUGACUAAAGAUACACUGAGAUUAUGUAUAACUGUGAAUGAAAUUAUAAAGAAUACAACAGUUUAACUUUUAAAUCAUAAAAAAUAUAUACAGCCAAUAAAUUGUGAUGUUCAACCUAUGUAGUGUUUCUGUUUUUACAUGGGAGAACUACUCUAUAUACAUUAUAAUUUUGUACAAAUUUUGUGUUUUCUUUAAAUUUUCCAUCUUUUGAUUUGUUAUAAUGUGAAAGUAAAUGGAGCACAGUUUACAAGCUCAGUUCACCAUAAGAAAAUACUAUUGUAAUUCUAUUUUAGUUUAACAUAAUUGCAUGUGAAGCCAUUUUGUUCUUGUCCCAACACAAACUAAUUAUCAAAACAUUCAAAGCAGGGGUAGUCUGUUCACAUAUCAUACCUCUCUGUUCGUUAACUAAGCUUCUAGUGUUAUAUUGCAAUAUCCUGGUACAUUGCUGUUUUCAGCCUUGGUUGUUCAGCUCUUUUGCCUUUGUAUAACGACUAGCUAACAAUUACCAGUGCAACCUUAUGUGUACCAUUGCUACAAAUUAAUUUUCUAGUUACUUAUUUAGAGCAAGCUGACGCAACAAGUGUGCAGUGAUAUAAUACUUGCCUAAGGCAGACAUUGGUACUGUACCAAGUGGAUUCCGUGUCAACUCUUGCUAGAUUAAGCAACCCCCAGGGACUUUUAUCUUUCUAAAGGAACUUGUGACAAAUCCGUCUAGUAUUCUGUCCUUCAGAGGCAUUGUAACUAUUGAGAUUUCCGAUGCAUUUAGCGGUUAUUGGCACCUUGAAUGAGUGGAGAGGAGUGAGUGAGAGCUGUCAGCUGCAGCUGCCUUGUGAGCAGCAAUAGCCAGGCAGCCAUUUGCCCCACUGUCCCUCCCGCGAAAUGAGAUGCAUAGCUUGUAAUGGGAGGGCUAAAGCCAAUGCUUACUGUGGCUAGGUGCCUCUGCUUUUCUCAGUCGCAGUGGAGCACUCACCCAUUCUCCUUUCAUUCAUCAGUGCCUUAAUAUUAUUUGCCUUUGUCUGUUAAAAGUGUUACUCAGGCUCCAUUUCACAAGCAAUGGUAGUAUGAGCAAUGGAUGUAUAUGCAAAUGAACAGGAUGCCAUUCAAAUUAUGCACGUUAUCACAUGUCAUCAAGCUCUGAGUCGCAAGCUGCUGAGGGACUUUGCUUCCUUUCUCUACAAUCGCAAUCAAAAAAAGUCCACUGCAGGGUAUGAUGGUUCAGCACAGAGAGAAACCCUUUCAGUGGAGAAGUUAGAUGUGCUUGUUUUUGUGGAAAAUAACUUCAAGCAUAAUUGAACACAACACGGUUCCUUUUCGGUUUGUCGACAGUGGAUUCUUUUUCUUUUUAAUGAAAUGACUAAUUUAUUUUCUUUGGUUUCUGACAGUAUGUGAAACAGGUAUAUUCAUCUGAAAUAUUCUUUGUCCUAAAUUAUAAUUGAUUAAAUAAAACCAAUUUGUGAAGAAACAA